AAGCACUUGAUGGGUUGCUGGAGUGUAUAGAGCAAGGUCCAUCUGUCCUAUCCUGCCUUUGCUCGCCAAAUGGAGCCGGCUAGUGGAAUUUUACACCUAUGCUGUGAUAGACUUUUUCUGAAAACUGUUGUAGAAAAAGUGAUGUUCUGUAACUGUUCGUGAAUUGUAUGUGAAAUGGUCAUUUGUCAAUGAACGAUCUGACUUUAAUACAUUUUACCUUGUGCGGAAGCAAAAAUAUCGUCGCGAAAACUGGGAUGGUAUACUUUGCAGACAAGAUCUGCAGACACUAUUCACUUAAAGAAGGAUUUUGCAGACAACAUAGAAUUGAUUUAGGUGUUUUUGGUGUACUGUUCACAACAGACUUUGGAGUGCUGGGCACUGAAUCAUCAAACAGCGCCUUUUUUACAUUUGUGUUGUGUUUCAUUGUGUCGGCAUGUUUCGAAUUCAUUGGUGUUUCAUUUACCGGAGUAUUUUCCAGUACGGGAAUUUCCGGUAAAUACCGAUGGGAAUUCCCAUCCACAGGAUAUUCCGGCCAACCCUGCAUGCGCAAUGCUAUCUUCAUGCCCCAUUAAGACAGAAAUUUGUUUUGUAAACACACUGACAGUUGAAGAGAAGGCAGUAAGGUUAUCACUUCAUCUCAUUUGUAAACGUCACUUACCACCAGAUGCACAGAAAUGGGACCAGGAUAAAAUUGUGGAGGCAUUGAACAAAAUUACACAUCUAAGAUUGGACAGAGAAAAGAUUGGAGAAAUAGACAGCCUAGAGUUGCUGGGUGAUCAGUGCACAAAUCUCUACCUACAAAGUAAUAGAAUAGAAAAGAUACAGAAUUUGGAGUGCUUGAAAAAUCUCACGUUUAUUACACUUGCAAACAACAGAAUUCGAGAAAUAGAGAACCUGAGACAUUUACGCAAACUAAUAUUCCUUGACUUGUCAGAAAACCAGAUAUCUAAAGUAGACAAAGAUGAAAUUCCUUCAAGUUUGAUCAUUCUUAACCUGCAAGGAAAUCCAUGUACAAAAUAUCCAAAUUACAGAUUAAACUUGAUCCAUGAUAUUCCAAAGUUAAAGCAGUUAGAUUUAUGUGCAAUAACAAAUUCAGAGAAGCGAGGAGUUGGACUAGAUGUGCCAGAUGAUGAUGAUGAUGGUGAUGAUGAUGGUUACGAUGACGACAGUGAAGACCUAGUUGAUAAUACAGGACAGGAUAAUGGACAUGGAAAGUUUGAGAGUUUUCAGACAAUGUCUUUAGAAAUGAUGUUGAGAUCACAGGGGCGUGCGGAGGAUGCUCUCAGAGAGCAUAAAGCUCAUACAUCUCAACUAGACGACCUCAGAAUCAGCUGGAAUGUACCGCCUAGUUCAAGGUCAACUUCAAAGUCACAUGUAUUGUGAAUGUUCAUUACAUCAUCAGUAUUUAAAUUCACCUAGUUCAAGGUCAACUACAAGGUCAUAUGUGGAAUACAAGGUCAUAAUGUGAAAGUUUGUUUACUCUGCCAUCAGCCUUGAUGUCCUCACAAUCAACUAUUGUGAAUGUAUGGACAGCUAUUUAUGCCAGAAUUGGUUUGUGUUAAGUUAGGAAAAAGGAAUUUUCUGUUACGGCUGAAGGAUACAAAAGGACAUAAUCACAUGAAAUUGCUGAUUGACAUAUUGGGUCCCCCACCUUUUUAUUUAGUAAUGAAAUGGACUUUUCUUGGUCUUUUUGAAGCACUGUAUUUCUAAUGCUUACUGAAUAGGAGAAAUCUGCAAUUUAAAGAUGUGCUUGGACUGCAAAUGAUGACAAAACUGAAAAAACAUUUUUCAAUCAAUUUAUUUUCAUAGAAAACAUGUUAAGAACUGAAAAAGUAUAAUAUGUUGUUGAUAUAAGUUAUUGAUAGCACUGUUGUUCUGCAAAAAUUGUUAGGUGAAAGUUUAUGCAAUUAUAAAUAUUUAAAAAG